AUGCUCACCGCACAGUCUCAGACUGUGUUGGAGGCCUACCGCCAUGACCUCACCGAGUUCGACACCGGCCUACGCCGUGAGACCGAGGUGCUCUGCGAGGCCGCCGCCUGGGCUGCGUGGGACCUACCAUCCUCCGCGCACGCGCUCGACGGGCUCACCGACAUCGUCGCGCAAGGCAAGGAGGCGCUCUCCCAGGCCACCGCCGCCGCUUCCACCGGGUCCCAGGCCUCUGACGGCGGUGAUUUUGACCCUAUCUCCACGUCUAGGGCCCACAUCCGGUACAACCGCUUCUAG